UUCACCUAUCUCUGAUGCUACACCAAGCAUCCUCCUUUCUUCGUCCACUAUCAUCUGACUCUUCAACCACCAUAGCCACUCUAUGCUCAAAGGGCAACUUCCGAGAAGCUUUCAACAGAUUCGGAUUCAACAUCUUCACAAACACAUCUCUCUUCACACCAUUCAUCAAAUCAUUCGCCUCUACACAAUCCCUCCCCUCUACAAAGCAGCUCCACUGCCUCCUCGUCGUCUCCGGAUUCUCCUCAGACAAGUUCAUAUGCAACCACCUCAUGACCCUCUACUCAAAGUUCGGAGCUUUCCCCUCCGCCGUGGCAUUAUACGAACGCAUGACCAAGAAGCAUUACAUGUCAUCUAACAUAUUAAUCAAUGGGUAUGUACGUGAAGGUGAUUUGGUUAAUGCACGGAAGGUGUUCGAUGAAAUGUCUGAGAGAAAGGUUGCGACUUGGAACGCGAUGAUCGCGGGUUUGAUUCAGUAUGACUGUAACGAAGAGGGUUUGAGAUUGUUUAGAGAAAUGCAUGAGUUAGGGUUUUCGCCUGAUGAGUUUACGCUUGGUAGUGUUUUUAGUGGGUGUGCUGGGUUGAGGUCUGUGUUUAUAGGUCAGCAGGUUCAUGGCUACGCGGUUAAGUACGGGAUUGAGUUGGAUUCGAUAGUUAGUAGUUCGUUGGCUCAUAUGUAUAUGAGAAAUGGGAAGUUGCAGGAUGGGCAAAAUGUUAUUAGGUCAAUGCCUGUUCGUACUUUGGUUGCGUGGAACACACUCAUCUCGGGGUAUGCUCAAGAGGGGUGUCCUGAAGCUGUGCUUUGUGAGUAUAAGAAGAUGAAAGUGUUAGGUUACAGGCCGGACCAGAUUACUUUUGUAAGUGUGCUUAGUUCUUGUUCUGAUUUGGCGAUUAGAGGUCAAGGUCAGCAGAUUCAUGCGGAAGCUAUUAAGAUUGGGGCUAGCUCUGUGGUAGCUGUGGUGAGUUCGUUGAUCAGUAUGUAUUCGAAAUGUGGGUGUCUUGAAGACGCGGCUAAAGCUUUUUCAGAACGUGGAGAUGAAGAUGAAGUUAUGUGGAGCUCGAUGAUUUCUGCUUAUGGGUUUCAUGGUCAAGGUGGAGAGGCUAUCAAGCUGUUUAAUACCAUGGUGGAGGAGACAGAAAUGGAGAUAAACGAGGUCACGUUUCUGAACUUGCUUUAUGCAUGUAGCCAUUCUGGUUUGAAAGACAAAGGGAUUGAGUUGUUUGACAUGAUGGUUGAACAAUACGGAUUCAAGCCUAGCUUAAGGCACUACACUUGUGUGGUGGACUUGCUUGGUCGAGCAGGUGAUUUAGAUCAAGCCGAGGCGAAAAUAAGAUCCAUGCCGAUAAAACCAGACACUGUUAUAUGGAAAACAUUGUUAUCUGCGUGUAGCAUACACAAAAACGCAGAAACGGCGCAGAGAGCCUUUGAAGAGAUUCUUAAGAUUGACCCUAAUGACUCUUCUUGUUACGUUCUGCUUGCAAACGUUCACGCCUCAGGUAAGAGAUGGCGUGAUGUCUCAGAGGUGAGGAAGUCAAUGAGAGAUAAGAAUGUGAAGAAAGAGCCAGGAGUCAGCUGGUUUGAACACAAAGGUGAAGUGUAUCGGUUUAAGAUGGGAGAUCGUUCUCAGCCUCAAUCGAAAGAGAUCUAUUCAUACCUGAAAGAGAUGACUCUGGAGAUGAAGUUGAAAGGAUACAAGCCUGAUACAGCAUCAGUGCUGCAUGAUAUGGAUGAUGAGGAGAAAGAAUCAGACUUGGUGCAGCACAGCGAAAAGCUAGCCGUUGCAUUUGCGCUCAUGAUAUUACCUGAAGGUGUGCCCAUUAGGAUAAUCAAGAACUUGCGGGUUUGCGGAGAUUGCCAUGUUGCUUUCAAGUAUAUAUCGCUGAUCAAAAACCGAGAGAUUACGUUAAGAGAUGGUAGUAGAUUCCAUCAUUUUGUUAAAGGGAAGUGUUCCUGCGGUGAUUAUUGGUAACUUGGGGUGUAGUAUUAGUACAAGGUUGUGAAGGUUUUAGCCACACGACUCAAGAUUAUUUACACUGCGUAUUAGCUUUGUGCUAGUGUGCUUGGUUGUGUUGUUCGAAGAUACGCUCGUUAGUGAAGCUUCAGGACAUGGUUACUUUACAUGUGUUAGAGCAUGCCCAUUGGGGUAUGUAAAGGGGUUCAUGGGUUCAAAAACCUAG